AUGGCGAAUAACGUUACCUACGUAUCGACCUCAGAAAGCGACAAAGAAUCUGUUGAUUUAUACAUGUCUGACGGCUCAUCUAACUUUGAGAUGGACGAGGCAACCUACGACGGAGUAACACAGCCUUACAUGUUCGAACCAGAGACAAAUGACGACCCAAACGAGGAAACUUCAGUGGCCGACCACGAGCCCGAGAUCCAAGCCAUACGACUUGGAAGCAACGAUUGGUGUAGGUGCGGACACUGUCCUGCAAUGUCUACCGAAGUGGAAAGUAUUUGUUGCAAAGAAGUCGACCAGGUCCAAGUCAUGAUGGAUGCCAUUCCAGGUGACCUAUCAUGCAUCACUCCCCAUCCUGGAUUUGCUGCUGUCUGUUUGAAUAUUUAUGUUCUACAGACAGCAUACCUGACAUUUCGUCAGUACCAUGGUCAAUUGACAGACUAUGAAAACAAGCUAUAG